AUGCUUGGGAUAACUCUAUUCGAAGUAAUGUUUAGUGAUGGAGUAGCCAAUGUGUGGAAUGCCGUUUGCAAGGUUCGUUGCUCUGGAUACGAAUUUUGGACCGAUGUGUGUGAAAACGUCACUACAAUUGCCUAUUGGAACCAAUCCUUUGUGGCAAAUAUUUCUGUCACUGAAGUAGCCAAUAUUACAAUUAUCAUUGACAUUGAAAAAUGUAAUACUUUCCAACGAAAUACGCCUGUUGGUAUAUGCGCUAUUGAUGUUACAAGGGGUACUAACAGUGAAAUACAAAAAUUACCAGUAUUUUCGGCUGCUGGAGGUAAAAUCAUUGGCUAUUUUUCACUCAAAAUUUGUGUAAAACCUGAGUCAAACAUAUCGCAUCUGAUUGAUUCUGGUAAUCCGUAUAUCACAACCUAUGGAAAAAAUACGGAUGAUUACACUACUUCCCAAAUCUAUCACUUGAGAAUAGACAUUCUAAGGCUUGAAGGUCUUCCUGUACAACUGAUAAACCCUUAUGUCACUUGUGAAUUUAGGAGUAUUAGACUUCGAACGAAUUUGAUUCAAGCAGAAAAUGAAAACGGCAUUAGUGAUAAAGAUACAAUAAGAUCUUAUAUAUUCAACCAAACAUUUUCAUUCUACACACUUAACCACAGUUCGGCUAGCGAUUCUGUUACACUAAAGCUUUUUGCCAGUGAAAAUUCGUUACUAUCCUUAAGUAAAGAAAUCGCUAUGGGAAUUCUAUCCUAUAACUUGCUAAAGGUGCAACCGAUAGCGCCCUUUUGGUUCAAUUUAUAUACACAAGUAGAUGGGGAAAAGUUUUUUAACGGCAGGUUACUUGUGAGUGGAAAGUGUGUUAGAGUUACUCAGUUUGGGGAGGCCAAAAUUGUGGCAGCACCUUUUUACAACCUACCGUCAGCGACACAAUUUAACAUUUUUGUGGAUCUAUAUAGAAUAAUUACUUCAAUUUCAAGUAAUGACCUUGUGUGUGAGGUAAAAUGUGGGAGUUCACUCAGGAAGGUUAGCAUAAAUGCUGGAAAGAGUUAUUUGAAUGAAAGGGUGAUUUUACCUAUCAGUCUGCCAGAAGAUAGCAAUGAUUUGAAUAAUUUUAAAAGCGAUUACUAUCUUGAAUUUAGGCUAUUUUCCAACAAACAACUCAUGGCUCACAAAUUUACCAAACUAAAGAAAUUAUUCAAUUGGCAAUCAUUUUCCAUUAAAUCACAAAAUAAUGGUAAUUUUGAUUAUUUAUCUAUUCUAAUGGGCGUGGAAAUAUCUCUUACUGGUUCAUCUCCCCCUAUGCGUAUGAGAUUGGUAAAAAGACCCUUCACUUACCGAUUGCAAAUUGUGGCAGCGAAAGUUAACCCCCCAACUUAUCUAAACGCUUUGUACUUCAAUUUGGCAAUUGCAGGGAUGGUAAAAACUACGUCCCAAGUAACCACCACUACAUCUCGUCCACUGAUACUACAAGCCACAACUGUAAAUGCAGAGGUGGAUGUUAGAGAACUUGGCAGUGGAAAUCCACGACUGUAUCUCUGUCCAAUAAAUAUACAACUAGUCAAGUAUAUUGGGUCCACUAAGACACAAUACUAUGGAACGUUAGAAUUGGCAGGUGAUAAAUUUAGUGGUAGAGUGGCAUUAAGUGGUGGAUGGGAUAUUUUGGUUAACUUCGAUCUAAUUCCCAGUGGAAUAGUGUUGCCAUUGUGGCAGCCGGUAUUUAAACAACUUAGUUUCAUAAUCUCUGUGCAUCGUAUAAUUAUAUACAGCAGCAACAAAUAUGAUAUUGGUGGUGGAGAUUAUGUGUUUCAAAUUUACGGUCAAAAAUUCGAAUUCAAAACCCCUUCCUCGAAAAUAUUCCGAUUCCGCUGCAAUUAUCCCAUAAAUGCUCAUGGUCACAGCACUUCCACUAAUACUAACGUUUGUAUUGGUGAAAAAAUACAUGUAACAAUCAACAAUGUGAGUAAUAUAUUUGGCGAGGAUCAGAAAAGGAAUUUAACAUUUAUAAUUGCACCUAAUGGGAUAGAAAAGGUAUGCCCUCUUAAUGCUGAAAAGGAUGCGGUGAAUAAUGAUAAAAACUAUGAUAUUAACAAAAAUAAUUUGCCCACAUCCAUUGCUCAGGGUUUUGAGGAUCUUCCCAUUGGAUCAGAUGCGAUACUGCAUAAACUCAGGGGAGUUCAUGUCAAACAAUCUGAUUCAAAUGUUAUAAUACCCAAGAGUUUCCUACUAAUAGCUGGCAUUAAUGGAGAUGAAAUUGAAAUUGCCAAAUCUCCUAUUAAAGUGGAAACAAUUACACCACUACCAUAUGACACAGCUAGUCUUUUUGAGUGUAGUGGCGGUUCUGCGAGCGUUAAAGUUGGUAAGGUCAAAUUUUUUACGACAAUUUUGCACAAAGGUUCUGUGGUUUCCGGUGGCAAAGUUAUUUCUGAUAACAAUUUAGAUGAUUUUAUUGCUUCCAGUAGAAAAUUAUCCAUCCUAUCAUUGAUUCUAAAUCGUGCAUUGUGCAUCCCUUUUACAAUGGUUGACGUGGCAAUUGAGUUUUCGCUGGGGGAUUUGAAGGAGGUGGUAAAGGUUGGUGGUAAUAUUGAUUGCGGCAUGAAUUUGCAGCUAGAUCUUUUCUGGCAACAGCAGCUUGUGGUGGAUAAUACGCCAUACCUAACUAUAAGCGUGUUAUGCGGUAAGGAAAGGGUUAGCGGUAUAGUUGAUUUGGAAGACUUGUGGUAUUUACCUAUUAAUAUCAAAUCUGAAACCAUAAAAAUGGAUAAGGGGGGUUACUUGGAUGUAGAAUAUGAACUGGUGCCUAAGGAAACUGGACCAACAUUGACACCGCCAAUUUCUAUGAAAUCAAAAUACGAGUUGAGAUUGGUUGUAUGGUCAGUGACAAAUGUACCUGCUGGUGCUAUUGAUGGCUUUGUGUGUGUGAAACUCUAUACACCUGAAUAUGAAGGUAAAUUUUCUACUAGUCAAUUCACUGAUUUACACUACAACUGUGGUGGAGAUAUCGCUAUUUUCAAUUGGAGGUUUGUUUACCCAUGCAUUUCAUACCCAGUUCCCAGUUGUAUUUUGCAAAUUUCAUUUUUUGACUAUAAGAAAUUAGGUGGUCACUUACUUUUAGGUGAAUAUAAUUGGGAUCUCGAGACAAUAUUUAAUAAGGUAGCGGCUUCAGGGCAUGGGAUUCAAGAGGAUUCUACUGUUUCAUUGGGUAAAUGUAAGGUACAACUAUCUAUGUACUUAUUGAAUCAAGCGGAGGCUAAUGCCAAGCCUGUAGGUCUAGGGCGGGAUGAACCAAAUUUGAACCCAAAAUUACUAACCCCUUCCCAUGGAAGAGCUUGGAAAGAUGUGAUUUUAAGUGCAGAAUCGUCGCUAGGCAUUUCACUAGGUCUGGACAUGUCGAUUUUUUACUUGUUCAUACGAAUUGGAUCAGUGGCUAUAACUUUCAUCGCUUUGAUCAUUAUUGCAUUAGUUUACCCCGCCAUAUUUGCAUGA